AUGGCUUCGCAACAGCAGCCUUCGUCGCAGCCCUCUCCUUCACAUCCUGCCCAACACCACCCACAAUCACAGCCGCAGCAACAACAUCAGGGCCUACCUUCCAUCUCGAGCCUGACUAGCAACUUGCCACAUGGCGCACCCAUAUCACCGGAUCAGAGCUCACUCGCCGAUUCGACACGAGAUUCUGGUACUUGGCCACAGCCUGGACAAAAUAAACGUAAGUCAUUCUGCGAACAAACUCGACAUCGGUCGCGCAUCACCGCUGCGUCCAGCAAUGCUGUUGAAGAUGCCUCACUUUGUCUGCGCCGAGGCUCGCGCAUCGUCAGCAUCGCGUCGCGCCGCUCCGCAAAGGUCUGUUGCGCAAUCAGUACUGACCUCGAUUCACAUAUAGCAUUAGGGAGUCAACUUCAAGUGCACACUCUCCUCAACCCAGACGAAUCACCUUCCCGGCAAUCGCAACCCAACACACCCAACUCGUCUCGCGUCCCCACUCUCACAACUUCGACAUUGCCCUCGAUCAACCAAGGCUUCCAUGACGCACACAAUCGCGACAGCUACAAAUCGCGCGACAGCUACGCGAGUGGUGGGAGUUACAAUCGGGACAGCUAUGCGAGUGGAGGCAGUUACAACCGUGACAGUCUCGGACGAGAGUUUGGCCGCGACAGCCGCGAUCUAGCACCCCACCUCGACUCCCGACGCAGCAGUGUCGACAGCCGCAUGCAACAUGGAUUCGGUCAACUUCACUUGAACAACGGAGGUAACCCCGUGUCACCAUACGAAGGUAGCAAUGGCUCGCAGGUUUCACUCGCCGCUCUCCGUCGACCGCAGACUGGUCAACCGCUCUCACCGCUCAGUGCCCGAGGGAGCACGAGGAGUAAUCCCGCGCCGCGCGUCGCGCCGCCAAUCAUGCCUGUUGGACGUGGUCCAGGAGGAGACAUUGCGACCGCCGCCAACCCGACGGCUGGUUAUGCUUGGGCCUUCCCUGAUGGCCCCAGUCCCGAGGAACGGAGGGGAUCUGAUAGUGGCGAUUCUAGCAUCGAUCAGAGUGUAUCCCGCCAGAAUAGCUUUGCAGCAUCAUCUGUCCGAAGCAUGUUUUCCACGGAUUCCUCGCAACUGCCUGCUGGCCAACGACGACUUGAUGAGGGUGAAAACAUGACACAUCAUCACAGCAUGGCCCACCGAACUAUACAAAACCUCCAAGCUGAAGGUAUGCCGCCCGGCGUCGGCAACUACAGUCGGACACCCGAACUGCGCGUCAGCCACAAGCUUGCCGAGAGAAAGCGCCGAAGUGAAAUGAAGGAUCUCUUCGAGGAUCUGAACAAGGCUGUUCCUUCCAAUGGAGGCACCAAAGCGAGCAAAUGGGAGAUACUCACCAAAGCCAUCGAGUACAUUCGCACCACUCAGCACACUGAACGUCAACUCCACGCCGAAGUAUCCCGUCUUCAACGCGACGCAGAGUACCACCGUGAAGCCCACAAGGAGAACGACAUGCUCAAGACUGAGGUACAAGUCAUGCACCAACAUCUCCGACGCCUCGACCCGCAAGCCUCCCAUGUGUACGGCCACUUCACAUCACAGCUCAACCAGCAGCAACAGCAGCAGCAGCAACCUCCCCCAUCAUCAGGAUCUCAACACCAGCAGCACCCCCAACAAUCCAACGGCGCUGCAGGUAUGUCUUUGCCGCCGUUGAACGCUGGACCAGGUCCUUCACAAGGAGGUCCGCCGCCACCCGCGCCAAUGCAAGGUGUCGAGUACGGAUUUGCGAGAUGA